UGUGAAGUUGGCAUCAUGUAUGCCCCAAUACAUCAAACAUAUCUACUACAAAACUAUUGAAAUCAAAACCAUUACUGUUGAAAUACGAGAUUUUUUUCGAUUUAAUAACUUUUCAUGAUAAUUCGAACCUUUUCAUACAUAUAAACACCAGACCGUGCACAAAUUUGGCACACUCUUUUCAACUUCAUAUUAUAUCUACUGUCACAUUGUCAUGAUGACAGAUCGGUGCGGUUUUUAAUUCCUUUUCUGAUUGUGUCACGUUUUUGAGAAGGUUACACAUUGACUGGACUUUAAAUUUGGCAAUCAAGUGUUAUUUGUUGUGGAGAACUCGAUACAUUUGAUAAAAAAAACAAUAUUCGGCUUUAAAAAAUGGCUCCAGCAGCUGCUCUACCAAAAGAACAACCCCAAGAUACGGAACCAAUCGGAAUUAAUGCCGUGCUUCUGGGACCACCAGGCAGUGGCAAGGGUACACAGGCACCUUUAUUGAAGAAAAAAUUUUGCGUGUGCCAUUUGUCAACCGGUGAUAUGUUGCGCGCUGAAAUCGCAGCUGGUUCAAAAAUAGGCGCCGAACUGAAACGCAUCAUGGACGCUGGCAAAUUGGUUUCCGAUGAUUUGGUCGUCGAUAUGAUCGAUAGCAAUUUGGAUAAGCCCGAAUGUAAAAAUGGAUUCUUAUUGGAUGGUUUCCCAAGAACAGUGACACAAGCAGAAAAAUUGGAUCAGUUGCUUGAGAAGCGUAAAACUGCUUUGGAUGCUGUCAUUGAAUUCGGAAUCGAAGACAAUUUAUUGGUGCGACGCAUUACAGGCCGCUUGAUUCACUCAUCGAGUGGUCGCUCGUAUCACGAAGAAUUCCAUCCACCGAAGAUUUCAAUGACUGACGAUGUAACUGGAGAACCGUUAAUUCGUCGAAGUGAUGAUAAUGUUGAAGCGUUGAAAAAGCGCUUGGAAACUUAUCAUAAGCAAACCAAACCGUUGGCCGAUUACUAUGCGUUGAGAGGGCUUCAUUACAAAAUUGAUGCCGCUAGAAGUGCCAGUGCAGUAUUUGAAAAUAUUGAUAGCAUUUUCUUAAGGACACGAGCUCGACGAUUGGCCGCCGCAUAUAACUAAAAGUCCCAUUCACAAAACACACAAUUGCAUUCAUUUCUAUCGGGUACAAGAACCGAUGUUGCAAGAGCAACAAAACGGGACGAAAUUGUAUAAAUAUGAUUCACAGAACUUAUGAAAAAAAGAGAACAAUACAAAAAAUAUAGAGAAAAUGCUGUCAUAUAUUUUUCUUGGAAUAUUUUGUGACCACUUCGGAAAAUGUGGUUGGCUCCAUUUGACAUUCAAAAUUCAGUUAAUUUUUAUAAUUCAGGAAAAUGGAUGAUAUCUCUCUCCCUUUUUUCUCUUAUUUUUUCCUCUAUUUAAUUCGAUCUGAAAGUAGUAAAUGUGCUAGUGUAAAAAAAAGGAAUGAAAACAUAUUUGUUCAUUUUCUCCGUGAUCUAUCGGUAUCUUAUCCGCAUAAUCCGUUCUCUAUUUUAAGCGCGUCCUUAGGUCAAAUUUGUAAUUUCAAGUGUUUGAUACUUUCAAGGCAUAUGAAAAAAAACUAUUGGCCUGGGGGCAAUUCAAUUAUAAAUUCAUUCAAUGGGAUUUUUGAACUAAAAUUCGGAUGUUGUUAGAGAUAUCGCAGUAAAACACAGUGGGCAUGACUUUCGGUUGGUUAUUUCUUCUUGAUAUGCACAAUGAUGGCAACUCUUACAUUGCCAUCCAUCGAUCUGACGAAUGAUGCUGCGACCAGAUGCUAAAUAGAAUAUGAAAAAAAAUUGAUCAUUCAUCGAAAUAUUUCAUUGUUUACGGUAACUAUCAAAAACGAUUUCUUUACUUACCAAUACAAGAGGAAAAUUGAGUUCGACAGUUCGGGCAAGAAGAAUACCACUUAGGAACCAAAGCAUCGCAAAUAUAACAUUCAGUUCGGUCGGACCGUAGAUCAUCUGGCUCGUGCUGUGAAAAUAUGUUGACGGCUAAUUCUUCAUAUUCGAUGCGACGUUGCUCAGGGAUGGUUUCGAGCGAUUCAAGUUUAAUGAAUGCUUUCGAGCAUGUACCAAAAGAUCGAUCCGCACAACUCGCCAAGGCAAGCAAACAAUAAAUAUCUUCAACAUUUAACACAUCUUCGUAGUCCCUCAGCUGCAUCGUUGUGAAUACUGCACUGUGAAUGAGUCCACUGCGCAAUUGCCGCUGAGCCAAUAACAUAAAGUGAUAACCCUUUGCCGCAUGCCAUAUCUGAUCGAGUAAUACUGAAUCUUCCGGCAAAAGACCAUUUACUAUUGAAGCUCUAGUUCCACCAGUCAAUGACGCUUGCACAUGCAAAUGAUCCUCGAUGAGUAGACCAGCCAAAACAUACAACUUUUUUAUGCACAGCAUACUACUCUUCUUGAUCACUUCCCCUUCAGCCAGUUUCGUUAAUAGGCGGGCUGCAUCCAAAUACCUGUCAACCAAAUGUUCAAUAACUUCUAUUCUUUAACCAAUCAUUUUGAUUACAAUUACGAUUAUGUUUUUACAUACUUUCCAGCUUUUCGUUUCAGUUCAAUAGCUUCAAAUAGUCGACCCUCCUGCAAAAGUUGAGUGGCAUGUUUUCCGAGCAAUGCACUGAUUUGAGGCAUUUUAUAUUUUUGAGCAAGGUCAACAGCUUGACCCCAUUGUUUCAAAUUAACACAUGUGUUUACAGCUGAUUUGACAUCACCCUGUUUCAAAAAAGCGGAAACAGCCUGAUCACACAUUCCAACACUAGCCAACAUCUGUCCCAUUUUUCCGAGCAAUGGGCUCUUCUCUGGUAGUUUAUUUAUGCAGUUUUCAAGCUCAUCAAAAUUUUCCAAAUAAUACAUAGAAUCCAUCAAUCCUUCGAUGUCAUGCGCUUUUUCAUAAUAUUCUUUGGCACUUUCCCUGCAAGUGAAAUAGGUGGAAACUGAUAUUUACAAGUUCGAACUUACAAAGUUAUUUCGAAUUUAUACUUUCCCUACCAAUUUCUUAGAUUACAAAAGUGGUCGCCAAUUUCUUUCCAAGCUUGUUCCAUUUGUUGGUCUGAUAUGCCCGGCCCUAUGCGAUACAAUUGCACCGUUCGAAACCAAUCGCAAAGAGUUUGCCGUAAUUCAAUGGCUAAAUCUCUUCGAUCAGCAUCGAUGUAUAAUUUUUCUGCUUCAUCAAAAUUGCCGAAAAAUGCAGCCACUUCUGCCUUUUGCAACGCUUCGCUCUGAAAAUUCUGCAAUCGUUUGAUCAACUGAAUCCCCGGGUAAUUUGUGCAUCGAACGAAAGCAUUUUCAGCCGUUUCGAAGUCAAGAUUUUUCAAUGAAGCCUCCGCUAAUAGGCGCCAUAGUCUGGGAUGGGGAUUAUCUUCGAUAAACUGUUUGGCUUCUGUGAUUCCAACAUGAGCUAAUAAUUCUUCAGUGUCACGAAGCGAUUUGACACGCAGCUGAAGCAAGUGAGUAUUUUUAUCGGGUGUUGCUGCUCCAUUGAUAAUUUCAUCUAAGAGCACACCGGUUAUUUCAAGAUCUUCAAAGUUGCAAAUGUAGCCUGAACAAGAGAUUGGCUCUUCUGGGUCAGCUCCGCGGAAAACGUACAUACGUGUUUUCUCCAUGAUGGUCAAUAGCUGUGGAUUGUCUUUUGCCCAACACAUUGUCCACACAUCUUUUCGUUCGAUGCGUCCAAUUCGCAUUGAACCGGCUGACAAUUCACGACUAUCGACCAAAUCAAUUGCUUGAAGCAGUCCAGUUGAAUCAAUAACACCCGCACGCGUUGAAUUACUGUUUAUGGCCAUUUUGUAUGGUGGAUUUGUAAGCGAAUGUCGAUUUCGCAGUGCAACAUUCGGUACGGAAUAUUCAUUAAUCGUUCCAGAUUCACGGCCAAUCAGUAGAAUACUCUCGGAUAUUGCGAUGCAGCAAAUUGGAUCGAGUGUUGGUUCAUUUUUCAGAGGUGGUUCGUAGCCACCUUUGUCCAAAUCAUUGAUUACUUCAACUAUUCCAGAUGGUGUAUCAUCAAUGUGAUAUCGUUUAUCCUUCCGUCCUUUGACAUUAUGCAAUGUUGAUGUUCCCUAUAUGUUAGAUUCGUCGAAAUGAAAUGGAAUCAAAAUCUGUUGCAAAACUGCAAGAUUUUCGAUUUUGAAGUACAUACCUUUGGUGUGUGAUAUUGCCAAAGAAGAAAAUGAUUUUGAGAAGCAACGACCACAAAUUGGGAAUUCAUUGCGAUGAAUUGCAGCGGUAGAUCAAUAUACUUAGCUGAAAAAAAUAAUCUAUUGCUAAAAACAUAAAUCAAACAAUCUCUUUCUCUCACACUUACAAUCAACAGUAGUGCUUAUUGAAUUGCAAAUCAAGAGUUGAUAUUUCUUAUCCAGUUUGAUAUUUUCUAUCAGAAUGUUUGGAUCUUUUGAUGAUAGACUUGGGCACUCAACGGCAAUAACGCAGUGAUCAGAGCUUGCUGCCAUCGCAAUUGUGUCAGCGUUCAAAUAGCAAACGGUUUUACCGAAAUAGCACCACAUAUAAUCUGGUCUGAUAUUAGCGAAGUAAAUAAAUGAAUCCACUGCUAAUGCGAUCCGAAGAGAACAUCCUUCCCAUGCCAAUGCUGUUAUUUCAUGACCAGGUAUUUUUAAUGUUCGAAGAUGCUGCAGAGACAAAAAAAUACGAGUCUCAUUCCACAUACAGCUAUAACAGAUCCGUCAUGAUUCCAUUGACAGUCUGUUGCUUGAAGUUUUGUAUCAACGAUUAUUGGCACUACAAUGAAUGUGUUUGAUUUUAUUUUAAACGGUGUUUUUGAAGUUUAAAAGUAAUUCACAUAAGCGAUGACGAGUGACGGGCGACUCAACGAUUGUGUUCGAUGAAACCAUGCUAUUCCCACCACACCAAUACUUCUCGUUGGUCCAAGUGGAACGCACUGGAUAUUUAUCUUCAUCUGAAUAGAAAAAAGUUUAUAUUAGACAGUGUCAGCAUUUUUAAUGAAUAUUUAAUUGGUUAUUACGAACCACAAACGAUCCUUGUGCAUCAUAUAAAUGCACUUCACCAUUUUUUAAACUGAAGAGAAGCAAACGACCAUCUGGAUUCCACUGGACGCCAGUCAGCGAGGUAUUUUUCAAUUCCUUACCCCAGAUGCGGUUUCCGUCGACUGAGCCCACAAUUAUCGCACCAUCUUCGUACACAAUGCAUAUCUGUUGACCAUCUGACGUCCAACUCAUGCCUGUGAAUAUUCCAAAAUUAUCAUCCAAACCAUAAUGACACCAUCUCGAUCAGAUGUAGUCAACUUCUGCUGGGUAUCAUUCCACGUUACGACUUGGACUGAUUCUUUGUGUCCUUCCAGUGAUUGAUUCAUACAUAAAUUGCUUUGGGGAGCCGCAGGAGCUGCUCGACUCUGAUUGUUAUUCAAUGCAUUAUAUUGUGUAUCCAAUUUUAAUACUUUAAGCAAACCCUCUUCACCACCAACCGCAAUGUAUCCCUGCGUCUUAUUCCAAGCGAUGCAAUUGAUGCGCGUGUUAUUAGGAAUCGCGAUCUGUAUAGCAAAAUUAUUAAUCCAAAACUAUCAGAGUGAAUUCUCAUUUGAUAAAUCACAAACCUUUUUACUCAGAUAAACAAACAUGUUGAUUUUAUUAGAUUUCACUUUCGUUGUUUCACAUCGAACGAAAAAGUAACCAACGACUGACAGGUAUACGCUAGUAACCGACCGAUGCCAAACAAAUGCGGUUAUUCGAAACAUUGUUGUUUUGCACCAAUACAUCGACAUGUUAACACGUUCCAUGAAGAUCCAUCUCCAAACCAAAACACCAUGGCAACCUGUAAACGUAUACAUUCGCAACACAACGCAAAUGCCUCGGAAUAUAUAGCAAUUGCUGUCAGUUAUAUUGUUAUGGGGCAUAAACCAUCGCAACGUUACAAAUACGGCAUGGAUAAACUUCGAAUUAUAUACGGAUGUGAUAAUAUUAGUCAAUUACCCCAAGUAUCGAGAGCUUCAUUGAGUGACAAGGCCAAGGUCACGAUUAAGGUUAUUCAGUUUCUGUGCUCUUGACAAAAAUUCACUGUCAAGUUCACGUCGAAGGACACGAGGGGAAAAAAAUAUGUUCUUGAAAAUGAUUUUCAACAUCUUGAAGAACAUUUCUUCCGUUGUUUUUAUUAACACAAUAUUAGAUUCCAUAAAACAAUGUAAAAUAGUUAUUGUCCGAGUAAAAUCAUGCAUCGAUUGCAUCUUGCACGGUGCUACGUAGAA